AUGAAAGAGGGGAAGGCCCGAUCACAGUGGCUGGAAGCCAGAAGCAGCCGCAGCCCAUCUCAGCUCAGGAGAAAUGGCAGCAUUAAUGCUCUUGUGGCAUUUUCCUUCAUGGGUAUUGGGUUGACUUCUCUUCUGCUGGGAUGUGCCUUAGAGGAUUAUGGCGAGUACUGGCCCUUGUUCACCCUGAUAUUUCAUGCCAUUUUCCCCAUCCCCCACUUUGUUGCCAAAAGAACAAUUUAUGACUCAGAUGCAACAAGGAGUGCCUGUCGGGAACUAGCAUAUUUCUUCAUUCCUGGAAUUGUCCUUUCUGCCUUUGGAUUUCCUGUUAUUCUUGCUCAGGUGGCUGUGAUCAAGUGGGGAGCUUGUGGCCUAGUGCUGGCAGGCAAUGCAGUCAUUUUGCUUACAGUUCAAGGCUUUUUCCUCAUGUUUGGAAGAAGAGAUGAUUUUAGCUGGGAGUAUUGGUGGCACUUUGUUCCCCUGUGCCUGGUAGCCCCGGCAUGGAACAGGGGCACCAAGGGUGUGCGUGGCCUGAGCAGGACGGUGGCCCCCGAGGGCAGUCAGAGGAAGAAGAGGACACUGUUCCAGUUCCUGUCUGACCACUUCUACGAUGUGCAGGCCCUGAGGCAGUACUUAUUCCAAAAGCAAGCGUGGAAGGUUCACCGGGAAAAUCGAUCUUUCACCUACAUCCAGAAUCAAUAUGGCCCGUACGUCGCAGGUGCCUUUUUCAUCCUGAAGCAGGGAGGCGCAGUCAAGUUUCAGGGCCAUGAGUGGAUCAGGCCAAAUAGACGUGGCCAUUUCUCUCUUGACUUCUUGAAGUUCCAGGCGGUACCUGUGGAGGGUGUGGAUGCCAGUGGCUGCACCCUCAACUACAAUGGCCUGGCCAACCUGGUGACCCUGCAGCUCCGGUUCCUCUGGCUGCAGCGCUGCCCCCAUGUGGAUGACUGGUGUCUUAGCCGCCUCCACCCACUGGCUGACUCGCUGCAGGAGCUCUCCCUGGCCGGCUGUCCCCGCAUCUCCGAACGGGGCCUCGCCUGCCUGCACCACUUCCAGAACCUCCGCAGGCUGGACAUCUCAGACCUCCCUGCUGUGUCCAAACCCGGCCUCACUCGGAUCCUGGUGGAGGAGAUGCUGCCCAACUGUGAGGUUCUGGGGGCCGACUGGGCCCAGGGCUUGAAGCUGGCACCAGAGGAGCAGCCUCAGGCCACAGCCAGCUCUGUCCCCACCUAGCCUUCAGCCCUUCUCCAUGCUGCCAGGUAAAUCCCAGGCUCUGCUCAGCCUGAGUCAUUGGAGCCAAUAAACAAGAGACUGAGGCCUGGGGGAGGUGAAGGCUCCCCACCAGGCCCCCCAGGGCUGCACUCGUCUCUGUGGUUGCUCUACGGCAGCCCACACUUUUAG